AUAAUGACCCGGCAACCUCAAUGUUGUUAAUCAGACAUUAAUCAUCUUUUGUAAAAUCCAGACAAAACGUCGAACUGUGCGUUGACAAGGGAACCUCCUAAAGACGACGCCGUAUCGAAAUCCCCCCGAAUCUGCAGCAUAUGAAACUCGAUUUUUCUCACUGCAUUAAGGUCACCCUAGCUUUCCAUUUCAAGAACAACCCUUCUUAAAAGCUUGCAACUUUUGCAUUUAUAGUACGAUUUGAUAGCAAAUUUUGGUGCUUUUGGCUUUUUGGAGAAUCAGAUUUGGAAAAGCUCAACUUCUGGAGCACCAUAUAAGAAAGAACAGUAGCAUUCAAUGUGAUUGUGCAAGCUAAACUUUAGCAAGAAUGUGAGAGAAGAUGAGAUUUCGGGAACUGGGUUUGAUGCUCACUUGGGUUUACUGCUUAUAGAAAGAGGGGAUAGGAGUAGAGGUGUCAUGGGGGUUUUGUAUAAGCAUCAGAUUCGCCGGUUAACGAAAAUGAAGAAGUGGUCCGGGGGCUUGUUAAUCGUACUUCUUGCUAUGAUAUUGGUUUUUCGAUAUUCCAGCAUUGUCAAAAUCGAGCCACCAACACAGGCGCCUAAGCAGUCGGCUGCUGAGUUCUUUGGAAACCAUCCAACAACUAAUGAUUCUGUUGUUGUGGAUUCGGAGAAGAAAGGAGAAAAGCCAUAUAAGAAACACCAUUUUGUAGAAGUUGAUGGGCUGGAUGAUCUUUUUGCUUCACAUGACAUUUUCAAAGAAGGGUCGAGGGCCUUGCUUGUAUGGCCUCACAUGCGUACCCUACUCUCUAGGUCCGAUGCUUUGCCUGAAACAGCUAAAGGGGUUAAAGAGGCCUCCGUUGCGUGGAAAGACUUGUUGUCUGCAAUUGACAAGGACAGGGCUUCCAAAUUAAACAAAAGUGAUAACGAUGAAGUCAAAAAUUGCCCCUUCUCUGUAAGUACUUUUGACAAGAUAGAGUCAAGAUACGAGAAUAUACUUGAUAUCCCUUGUGGCCUCAUUGAUGAUUCUUCCAUUUCUUUGGUUGGCAUUCCUAAUGGGCACUCUAGAAGCUUUCAAAUCCAACUCCUAGGCUCCCAACUUUUAGGAGAGUCUGAGCCUCCUAUUAUCUUGCAUUACAACGUCAGUCUUCCCGGUGAUAACAUGACACAGGAGCCAUUUGUAGUUCAAAAUACAUGGACUCAUGAACUUGGGUGGGGCAAAGAGGAAAGGUGCCCUUCUCACUGGUCUCCUAGCAACCUCAAAGUUGAUGGACUUGUUCUUUGCAAUGAACAAGCUGUGAGAAGCUCGUCGGAAGAAAAUCUAAAUGUGAGUCAGCCUAGUGGGGACAUGUUGACCAAUGUUUCUGGAGGUGCCUAUGAAGGUUCCAAUUUCCCAUUUGUUGAAGGAAAUCCCUUUACCGCCACAUUUUGGGUUGGUUUAGAGGGAUUUCACUUGACUGUGAACGGAAGGCACGAAACAUCUUUUGCGUAUAGGGAGAAACUUGAGCCAUGGUCAGUUUCCAAAGUCAGAGUGGCCGGUGGUCUGGACCUCUUAUCUGCCUUAGCAAAAGGCUUGCCUGUUUCUGAGGAUCAUGAUUUAGCUGUUGAUGUUGAGCACCUUAGAGCUCCGCCCACUUCGAAGAAAAGACUAUUGAUGUUGGUUGGAGUUUUCUCUACUGGAAAUAAUUUUGAGCGUAGAAUGGCUUUGAGGAGGGCUUGGAUGCAGUACAAGGCUGUGCGUUCUGGAGAUGUGGCUGUCCGGUUUUUCAUCGGCCUUCACAAGAACAGCCAAGUCAAUAUUGAGCUGUGGCGAGAAGCGGAAGCAUAUGGAGAUAUCCAACUGAUGCCAUUUGUUGAUUACUACAGCCUGAUCAGUUUGAAGACAAUUGCAAUUUCUAUUUUUGGAACCAAAAUCCAUCCUGCUAAAUAUAUCAUGAAAACAGAUGAUGAUGCUUUUGUUAGAAUCGAUGAAGUGAUCUCUAGCCUCAAGGGCAAGCCGACCAAAGGUCUCUUGUAUGGUCGAAUAUCCUUUGAAUCUUCACCCGAUAGGGACAAAGGCAGCAAAUGGUUUAUUGAUAACCGGGAAUGGCCAUAUGCUAUGUACCCACCAUGGGCCCAUGGUCCAGGCUACAUAAUCUCUCGGGACAUCGCCAAAUUCAUUGUCCGUAGCCACCAGGAAGGGGAUCUCAAGCUCUUUAAACUAGAGGAUGUUGCAAUGGGAAUCUGGAUUCAACAAUUCAAGUAUAGGGGUCAAGAAGUGAAUUAUGUCACAGACGAUAGGUUUUACAAUGCUGGAUGCGAGGCGAAUUAUAUUCUCGCUCAUUACCAAAGCCCGAGAUUGGUGUUGUGCCUAUGGGAGAAGCUGCAGAAAGAGCACGAGGCCAUCUGCUGUGAGUAAAAAUGUCAACUUUAGGGGGAGUUGGUGGUUUUGGCAACAUUGUGUUGGAUAAAAGUUGUAACUGUACAGAUAUUCUUCAGCCUGAGGAAGUGGGAAUUUUGGACUGAACUCGUUUUUCUUGUUGGAUCAAAUGGUAUUCUUUUGUUGAUUUACAGUAAAGAUUCUGGUGGUUUCCCACAUCUAAGGGCUUUUUGGUUUUUCUCAAUA